UAGUAUUAAAUGCUGCAGCUGGAAAAUCCACCCACCUUGCUUCAAAAAAUCUCCCCUAAUCCUUUCCCUUUCUCCUCCAAAUGGAUUCCUUCAAUCCCUCUUUGACCCCAAAUGUCCACCGCCACCACCAAUCCCACCGCCGCUACCUUUCCCACCAUCUCUUCACCCAUCACCAACGCUGCUCCUCCCGCCGCUUACCUCACCAAUCUCGGUCUUGGCUAUUCCAUAGCCAUAGCCCUUGGUUUCCUCGUUCUCUUAUCUACCAUCCUCCUCGCUUCCUACAUCUGCUGUCGCACCUCUCGCAACCACUCUCGUGGUAGAAAUGACAACGGUAACAACAACCCAAAUUCUCCCUCCGAUGGCAUAAUUAUCCCUCGUAUUAUUUUCGUGGCUGAAGACGAGGAUGACCAGGAACGUGAUUCAGAAAGAGCAGCUGUUGGCCUCGAGCAGGCGGUGAUAAAUUCAUAUCCCAAAUUUCAGUUCACCAAAGAGGGCAGUUUGGAUGGGAAUUGUACUACUUGCCCGAUCUGUUUGUGCGAGUAUAAGGAUUUGGAGAUGCUAAGAAUGAUGCCGGAGUGCAGGCAUUAUUUUCACUUAUGUUGUAUCGAUGCAUGGUUGAAGCUUAAUGGGUCAUGUCCGGUUUGUCGGAAUUCGCCGCUGCCGACUCCGCUUUCUACACCCUUAGCAGAGGUCGUGCCGCUGUCACAGUACGCCGAGGAUCGAAGGAGGAGGAGGUGAUUAUAUAUUGUUUGAUUGUUUGGGGACUGGUGGUGAGUGAAUAGGGGGUCUUGCUUGUUGCCUUCUGGGAUUGUAAUUGUAUAUUCUUUUUAUUGAAUUUUAUUUUGCUUCUUGAGUAGGCCUAGCUAGUGGGAUUUUGGAUUUUCAUUUUUUUUUUCUUACUGAUGAUUUGUGGUUUUGAUUUGCUAUGGCAGAGAAUGGAAAAACAGAGUGUUUAACUUGCCUGGUCUUUGUAGUGUAUGAAUUGGGUGUUUACUCUUCCAUUAAAAUGAAGUGAACUAAACUAUUUCUCCCU